GAACCACAAAUCAACUUACGUGCUGUUUUUCACAUCGCGCUUUUACCCUAGUUUUUCAUCCCACCGGACUGUCUUCCAUCCCUCAUCUGCAGAGACCCCGGGGACGGAUCAUCAUCCACCACGCGCCGAGGAAUCACGAAGCUUAAGCACAUUCGCCUACUCCUGUCUGGAUUCCCUACAUGUUGGGCAUGCAAAGUCUUUCCUUCGCCUACCAGAACCUUGAGGAGAUCCCAUACACCAGCAUUCUCCUACACAGAGACACCCUGGAAGUACUGGACCUGAGUAACAACAGCCUGCAGGAAAGCCCAUCUUUGCUGGGGUCUCUGGAUAAACUGAGUACCCUCAUUCUGGACUGCAAUAUCUUCACAUCUCAUGUCAAGUUUCCAUGUAUGCCAAGUGUGACCACAGUGAGCAUCAACAAGAAUCGCAUACGAAACCUGCCAAUAUUUGUGGAAGAGGUCAAGAAAAAAUUCCCAAACAUCAGAAUGCUCAGCAUGAUGAAUAAUGAAGCUGCACCGAGCUAUUUUAAUGGCGGCACACUGAAGCAGUAUGUAGAUUACAGGCAAUAUGUGAUAAGCCAGAUCCCAGGUUUGCAAGUCCUUGAUGACCACAAAGUACUGGAAAAGGAGCGCAUGGAAGCAGCCAAAGUGUACAGAUAUCAUAAAUUUGUAAAGUCCCAGAAAAGAAAAGGCACAACUACCUGAGACGAUCACCAUCACGCCCAGGACAUUUACUGUACCCUUCUGUCAGGACCAUCCAUUUGGAAUUACUCUUUUAAAAUAAAUAAAAAAUACCAGCAAUCCACCUUAAUAAAAGAACAAGUGUCUGUGUGU